GUUGGAAACUACACUCUUUCUCAAACGAUCGGUCAAGGUUGUUUUGGUAAAGUCAAAAUAGGAUACCAUAAACUCACUGGUCAGCAGGUGGCAGUAAAGAUUGUGGACAAAAUACAUGCUCCAGCACUCGUUCGUGAGAUUGAGACAUGGAGACAAAUGCGACAUCCAAAUAUCACACAGUUAUACGAGGUUUUAUGUACAGAAAGCAAAAUAUACAUGGUGAUGGAAUAUUGCAAAGGAGGAGAAAUGUUUGACUACAUAGUCAAACAUGGCCGUUUAGACGAUACAAAGCUGGAAUGUCGACGCAUAUUUCGGCAAAUUGUAGAUGCCGUUGCCAAAUGUCACGAAAAAAACUUUGUUCAUCGGGACUUGAAGCUUGAAAAUGUAUUAAUGACUGAUGAUUUGAAUAUCAAACUGAUUGAUUUUGGAUUCACGCGUGACUAUGAAGGAUCGACAUUACUUGAUACGUACUGUGGCUCCUCGGCAUAUGCUGCACCUGAAAUUGUAUCUGGGAAAAAGUAUUUAGGACCCGAGGCAGAUAUUUGGUCAUUAGGCAUAUGUGUGAUUUUAUUUACAAUACUUUGUGGAUAUCUCCCAUUUGAUGAAGAAAACGAUGCCAUUAUUCAUAAAAAGAUCAAAGAGCUUGACUAUGAGUUUCCAGACUUUCUAUCCAAUGAAAGCAAGGAUUUGAUAUCCAAAUUUUUAAUCAUUGACCCUAGCAAUCGCAUUACACUAUCCGACGCACUUUUGCAUCCUUGGUUUAGCGCGGUAGAUCAGACUACUCAACUCAUGCCG